UUACUCGGUUGGUGCCAAAGGAGACUAAUCCCACGUCCCAAGUUUGGCCAAAACGCGCUGCAAGCCUGCAACACGAGAAAAAGUCCGAAAAACGCUCGAGCAGAACGUUCAUCGUUUCGUACCUUUUCUUCCUCCCACAGCGUUUUAAAUCCAAAGAAAAGGGGAGCAAUCCGAGGAGCGAAUCUCAAUCUACCGUCUCAUCCCACCCGAGCUCACUAUCGUCCCAAAUCUGGGAGCGUUCCUAGGGUUCGUGAGAUCCUACCCCCAGAUGGAUCCGAGCCCUAGAGCGAUCCCCCUCCUCGUCGCGCUCGCCGUGUUCCUCGCGCUCGCCGCGAUCGUGGCGGCGGGUGCCGAGGACGACUCGUCGGGGAUCUCACUGGGCCGCCGUGCCGGGGGAUUCUUGCACGGCCUGAAGAAGAAGGGCGCGGUGGUGGAGGGAGACCAUAGGGUAGCGCUGGACGAGGUCGGCCCGGGGCUAUUUGACGCGCUCUUCGCCAGCCUUUCCAUGAUCCUAGUCAGCGAGAUUGGAGAUGAGACCUUUAUCAUCGCUGCGCUGAUGGCGAUGCGACACCCCAAGUCGAUUGUGCUGUCCGGUGCACUCUCGGCGCUCUAUGUUAUGACGGUAUUGUCAACUGGACUUGGUAGAAUAGUGCCCAACCUGAUAUCACGGAAGCACACUAAUAGUGCUGCCACAGUUUUGUACUUCUUCUUUGGACUACGGUUGUUGUACAUUGCUUGGAAGUCUGACCCGAAGGGAUCUCAGAAGAAGGAAAUGGAAGAAGUGGAAGAGAAGCUUGAAUCAGGUCAAGGAAAAUCAAACAUUCGCAGGUUCUUUGCAAGAUUUUGUACACCGAUCUUUUUGGAGGCUUUCAUCUUAACCUUUCUAGCCGAAUGGGGAGAUCGAAGCCAAAUAGCAACGAUUGCGCUUGCAACCCACAAGAAUGCAAUUGGAGUUGCAGUUGGAGCGUCAUUGGGGCACACAGUGUGCACGUCUCUUGCAGUGGUAGGAGGGAGCAUGUUGGCAUCCAAGAUUUCACAACAAACAGUUGCAACAAUCGGAGGUGUCCUCUUCUUAGGGUUUUCUGUUUCAUCGUACUUCUAUCCUCCAUUGUGAUGAAAGGUACAAGCAGCUCCCUCCACCUGGAUGGUGGCCUUUAAUCCUGUCAUGUCCUGCUGAAUGAAACGUAGUAUCACCCCCAGCUGAACGAAACAAGGAAGAUGAAGUAAUUCAAAUUCUUUCAACAUCCCUCAGGUCAAGAGUUCGAAUUCAUGUACAGUCCUUACAGAAUGACAGUAUUCUCUGCCAUGCUACCUUACUUCAGUCCGUAUGAAGUAGUUGUCGCGUUAGAGCAUGGUCGAUUUUUGAUUGGUUGUAUCUGAAAUAUAACUUUUAGUACAUGUUCCAAGCUCGUUUCCAAGAAAAAGUUGCUCUAUUGUCUUU